GUGCCGAGGGAGAAUGCGAGUUAUUUGUCAAAGCGAGCGCUAAAAGUCAGCCAUUAGUAGUUAACCUUUCAAUCAAAUCGUAUAUUUAUUCACAAUCGUAGUGUUCGACUAUCAAAUAAUUCCAAUUACAUUGGUUAAAUUUUGGAAUAAAUCUUAUAAUCAGUUAAAUAAAUUGAGUAUACAAUGAGCUAUCAAGUAGAGGCAUUAAACUCAGCACAUCUGGAAUUGCAAGGAGGUGGUGGUGGAGCUGAACUUCGUCGUCCAUUUGAUCCCACUGCCCACGAUUUAGAACCAUCUUUCCGAUUGACCAGGUUUGCUGACCUAAAAGGUCGUGGUUGUAAGGUACCACAGGAAGUUCUAGGAAAGCUAGUGUCGGCAUUACAGCAGGAUUAUUCCAAUGCCUCGGAUCAAGAUGCUCAAUUUUUGAACAUGGCCAUACCUCGUAUUGGAAUAGGUUUGGAUUGCUCUGUCAUCCCUCUGCGUCAUGGUGGUCUCUGCCUAGUUCAGACAACCGAUUUCUUUUAUCCUAUUGUUGAUGAUCCAUAUAUGAUGGGAAAAAUAGCUUGUGCUAAUGUAUUAAGUGACUUGUAUGCCAUGGGUGUAACGGAUUGCGAUAAUAUGUUGAUGCUGCUGGCAGUGAGCACAAAAAUGACUGAAAAAGAACGUGAUGUAGUAGUUCCACUAAUAAUGCGUGGUUUUAAGGAUUCUGCUCUAGAAGCUGGAACAACAGUUACUGGUGGACAAAGUGUGGUGAAUCCGUGGUGCACCAUUGGAGGAGUCGCCUCAACUAUAUGCCAACCGAACGAGUAUAUAGUACCGGACAAUGCAGUUGUUGGCGAUGUUUUGGUACUAACAAAGCCUCUUGGUACGCAAGUGGCCGUUAAUGCUCAUCAGUGGUUAGAUCAGCCUGAGCGAUGGAACCGUAUCAAACUUGUGGUUUCAGAGGAAGAUGUUCGCAAAGCUUACCACCGAGCAAUGAGCUCAAUGGCUCGCCUAAAUCGCACAGCCGCUCGCUUGAUGCACAAAUACAAUGCUCAUGGUUCAACAGAUAUUACAGGAUUUGGCUUGUUAGGCCACGCACAAACACUUGCUUCGCAUCAAAAGAAAGACGUUUCUUUUGUUAUACAUAAUCUUCCAGUUAUUGCUAAGAUGGCAGCAGUUGCAAAAGCUUGUGGAAAUAUGUUUCAGUUGUUACAGGGUCAUUCGGCUGAGACUUCUGGCGGUCUUCUGAUUUGUUUACCAAGAGAGCAAGCAGCUGCUUACUGCAAGGAUAUUGAAAAGCAAGAAGGUUAUCAAGCUUGGAUUAUUGGUAUUGUUGAGAAGGGAAACAAAACAGCACGCAUUAUCGACAAGCCCCGAGUAAUUGAAGUACCAGCAAAAGAUUAAUUUAAUAAACAAUAGCUUAUUAUUACCCACUUCAAGUUUGAUAUAUAAAGACAAAGAUGAGGAUAAUUAAAAUUAUUUUUAUUUGCCUACAUUAAAUAUUAAACAAUGUGCUUUCCUUUAUUAAUAUAUUAAUAAGUUCGUGCUCUGUAUUAAAAGAUUUAUUUUAAGAUUUUUAUAUACAUAUGUAAUCGGUCGUACAUUUUUCAAGAAUAAAGAAAAUAUGUAAAUGUUGAGUAUAAUAA